AACUCAUUCAUUCAUUCAUUAUUUUCAUUAUUACACUGAGCCUAACUUUUUUCUCACGCAAACCCUUUCUUUCUCUUCUUCAAGAAAAUCAUCCAAUUAAUGGCACUUUCACCACCACAGAAACGCCGUAAACACAACAAAGACGUAAAAUUCACAACUCAUUUCGCUCAACUUUCGUUGACAACACGUGCGCAUUACCAAACUCUGUUUGAAGAAUCAAGAAUUUGUUUUACUGAGAAGAAUUAUAAGGAAUUGUUCCUGCGUCUGCUUCCCAAACUCCGCAAAAUUUGUAUACAUUUUAAACUAUAUAACUUUCAGAAUGAUCUUGUUCCUCUACGAUUUGAACAACAAGAUGUUUCAACAAACCUCAAAUUGGAAUCAAUCCUAACUAGGAGGGUACUGCAAGAAAAAGUUGAUUGUUCAAUUUGUCUAUCUACUCCUUCUCAUGCACUAAUCACAAGAUGUACUCAUAUUUUCUGCCGAAACUGCAUCAGAAAAUGGUUCGCUUGUGCCAGAAACAAAGGUUUAUGUCCUUAUUGUAGAGGUUUACUCACUAUAGAUGACAUGUUCUCCGAAACAAGGCCAGAUACUAAGCUGGAAAUUCUGAUGAAACUUCUGCGACAAGAUACCUCUACCAAUUCAAAGUCGGUCAUAUUUACACGUUAUGACGAUGCACUUUGCUAUUUUCAUGUUCAUUUGCAUCAUGCUGGUUUCAAUUGUCUUAUCUAUACUACCAAAAAAAUGAAAUACUGUGAAAAUAGUAUCAAGAAAUUUGAAAACAGUGAUGGACCAGUAGUCUUGUUGGUCGACUUUGAGACUGCUCGCAGAAAACAAAUUCUCAUAAAUGCUGAAUGCAGAGUCUUUCUGUUAGAUGCAUGUAGAAAAUCUAUCGAAGAAGAGUUGGUCGCUCGUGUUACACAGCCGGUGUCUGUUUCAAGAUUGAUAUCUGAAAACACAAUUGAAGAUAAAAUACUCUCGUUGGAUGAGACGUUUACUGAAACCGACACUUUGGAUUUCUAUGAUGACCAGGUCCUAAGAUAUUUACUGGAUGAAGAUUCUACGAUAUGAUGUAAUGUAUUAUAACCAAUAACAACGGUGUUGUAGGUUCAUUGUUUGUGAAACAUAGCAUAGGAACCAGAUGAAUCUUUAAUGUGAAACUUUGAGAUCCAUUAUCUGUAGUGAUUAACACAAUUGAACGAAAUUUAUUAUCUACGACAAACAAAUGUAUGAAAUAUUUUUGCUGCAUCGUCCUGUGUCAUUGGUGCUUGCAUUGAUUUUGUAAUUCAAUUUAUAUGAAAUAUAUAAUUUAGGUAA